GUAAAUUUAAAAUAGUUGUUAAUAGCUGUAAGUCUAUUAACAAGAAUGUUUAAUGAGUUUCUUGAAACGAUAGUUAAUUCGUUAACGAUCACGUUGUCUGUCGUUAGCUGAUGGUUACGAAUCCUUUCUAUUGUCUCCUUAAUGACUUCUCAUUUCUAAAUAACUUUUAUCCUCAUAUUUAACUGAUUCACUAUUAUUAUUAUUUAUUUUUCUCUAAACACAAUCACUUCGUAGUUCGUACUUCAUAUUGUUCCCGUCCGUGUGUACCUUCGGCCGCCUCUCUCCGUCUCCCUCUCUCCCUAUAGCUCAGUCUCUGUCUCUCGUGAAGUGUGUAUGGGUGCAGUAGACUCUGUGCCGUAUAAGUAUCGUAGUAAGGUCUGUAUUUGAGUGGGCGGGGUCUAAGCGACAGCUGACGGCCGGCUCCAGGAGCGUGUUGUGUGGAGCGAGGAGCGUCAGUCGGCCGCGAGCCUUCGUCGGGAACGGACGUCGGCCGUGUGGAAGUGUAGUAAACGAAAGACGAGCGCGAGUGACAUGAACUGACGGCUAGUCGAGCUCAGAGUUCGUCGGUCCGUUGUGAUAUCUGCAAGCCUUAUAAAUGAUGGGAGUGAGCGAUUGCGUUAGCCUGAGGCAGGCCAGGGGCGCCUGCCACUGUCCCGCCUGUCCGCGGGGCUCCGCUCACGGCCCCCGCCUGCCGCCGCAGACCCUCGUGCUACCGCCCAUGGCGCUAGAGCCGGACACCACGCCCGUCAAAGACAAGAAGGGCUCCAAGAUGAAGGUCCUCAAAAAGAUCAAGAAGAAGAUCGGAUUAGCUCCUCGCUCCUCCUGUUCGGGCGGAGCGCCCAACAACCUUCCCCCGCUGAGUUUCCACUCCGUCCACGGUGAGAACGUCCGCGUGUCCCGGGAUGGCAGCACGGCCCGCCGGGUGGAGUCCUUCUGCAAGGGAGUCGCCUUCAGCGCCAGGCCCGUGCGAGUCAAUGAGAAGGUGUGCAUCCGUUUCGUGGAGAUCUCGAACAGCUGGAGCGGGGUGAUACGUUUCGGGUUCACGGGUCACGACCCCGCGACCCUCGCGCACGCGCUGCCCAAGUACGCCUGCCCCGACCUCACCAACAAGCCUGGCAACUGGGCCAAGGCUCUGGGGGAGAGGUUCUGUGAGAAGGACAACGUGCUGUACUACUACGUGAACAGCGCCGGGGACGUGCUGUUCGGAGUCAACGGAGAGGACAAGGGACUGUUCUUCUCCGGAGUCGACACCCGGAGUCCGCUGUGGGCCUUGAUAGACGUGUACGGCAACUGUACGGCCGUGCAGUUCGCGGACCCGCGGGCGCCCGGCCAGCCCAGGAGGUGUGCCCACACCCCCGUGGACGAUGACAGCCUGGUCGGCGGCAUGAGGGCGCUCGCCGUGGACGAGGCGCUCCCCCCGCCCAGACACCAGAACCCCCUGGUGCCGCUCACCCUGCACAGGACCAGGGGCAGGAACGUGCACUACGUCAACGACCGGGGCAUCGCCGCCCGCGCCGAGGCCGAGUUCUGUCAGGGUUACGUGUUCACGGCGCGGCCCAUGAGGCCCGGACAGACCAUCGUCGUCCAGAUCUUGGCCACGGAGGCGGCUUACGCCGGCAGCCUGGCGAUAGGCCUCACGUCCUGCGACCCCGCGCUGCUCACGCAGGACGCGCUGCCGGACGACGCCGACCAGCUGCUGGACCGCCCGGAGUACUGGGUGCUGAAGAGAGACGCCGCUGCCGGCCUGCGCCGACAUGACGAGCUGGCCGUCACUCUCUCCGGCGACGGGGAAGUGCGCCUGGCCAGGAACGGCGCGCCGCCCGCCACCGUCAUGCACGUGGACCACACGCUGCGCCUGUGGGCCUUCGUCGACAUCUACGGCGCCACGCAGAGAGUACGCCUGCUCAGCACGGCCGCCGCGCCCUCCCCGUCCGCCCAGGGCUCCGCGCCGGCCGUGCGCGUGCUGGGCGCGGCGCCCGGCGGGACCGUGCUGGUGGUCAGCUUGCCGCCGCAGCAGCAGCAACACCAGCAGCAGCCGCUAACCCUCGCCAGCGCUCACUACAUAGAGCCGCUCCAGUCGUCCCAGCUGUGUGUGUCGGGUCUGCAGCAGGCGGCCGCCCCCUACCGCCGCGACCACUGCGCCUCCAGCUCUCAAAACAGCUGCAACGAGCAGCUGACCCUCCCCGGCGGGGCCGCAGAGCGUCUCCAGCCCCUCCAGCAGCUGCAGCCGCUCCCGUCCACCAGCCGCCAGUACUCCAUGCUGGAGGGCAACCUGACCGGGGCGGAGUGCACGAUAUGCUUCGAGAACCCCGUGGACAGCGUGCUCUACAUGUGCGGUCACAUGUGCAUGUGUUACCGCUGCGCCGUCCAGCAGUGGCGGGGGAAGGGCGGCGGCCAGUGUCCGCUGUGCCGGGCGCAGAUAAAGGACGUCAUCCGCACCUACAAGUCCUGAUCUGACACGUGACAGCUGACAGCUGACAGGUGACAGCCGCCAGCUGCCAGCGGACGCACUAUGCCAAAAACAAAGGAAUUAUCGUACUAUUCUUCUAAUAUAUUCGUUAAGUGUAGACCCAAAAAGCUAUGUAUAUAUAUGUGUUAGUAUUUAUGUUGGAGUGUAGAGAGCUGUCCGUGUGUGAGGUGUGCGAGGAGGGAUGUGGAGGUGUGACCCAAUGAUUCUUUAUAAAAAUAUUAUUAUUGUAUCUGACGUUAUUCAAUAAGGGAAGUGUGUUAGGGAGUAGUGUUGCUAGGUGUGUAGUGUUCCUGUCCCGUGCCAGGGCACUCGGGCUGCAUCUUAACAUGAGAUACGUCCAUACAUGUACAGACCUCCGGGUGAUAGUUGUGAUGCAUUUAUUAUAUAUAAUGAGUUCCUGUGAUGUCAAGCGCUGAGCUCACUCACAGCAGAGUUCCUCGUUUAGUGUGCCAGCUAAGCCAUAGGAGCCCGCAGUGGGCCGGCCGCUUCACAUCCCGGUCACCUGCUCAAUGUGUCCCGGCAUAUCAUUGUUCCAUACAUAUCUGUUUUGAAUGCAUUCCUUUAUAUGAUAAGUGUACAUCACAGAGCAGCCGCUGCCUUGUGUCCUAGACCUAAGUGAGACCUUUAAUACCAAAACACCGACCAGUUUCAUCAAAGCCAAACAUUAAUGUAUAUAAUCUAUGUUUAUUUUGUGAAUUCUGUAAUUUUGGACAUUGUUUUUUUUUUAAUGAUUAUUUUAAUUUAUAAUGUGUUUUUAUUAAGUGAUGUUGUCGCUCGGUACAGUCUUCUAGUCCCUAGUAAUUUAUGUUUAAAUCCUUUUUUUUUUAUAUUAAUUGAUUUGAAUGUCGGAGUUAAUAUAAGUUUAACAUUAAAAUGGUUAUCGACAGUU